AUGUUUCCAAAGGAGUCCAAAAAGGCUUGUGGUUCGAAAGGACUGCCAGGGCCUCCAGGAUUAAAUGGACAGCAAGGACGAAAAGGGGACAGGGGACCACCAGGAAGAGAGGGACCAAGGGGAGAGCAAGGCCCGACAGGUGGGCCUGGGAUUCAAGGUCC